GAGCUCCCGGCCUAGCCACUCUAGCGGUUCAGGACCCUCCCCUACGCUAUCCCUCGGAGGGCAGGAAGGAGGAGGUGUUGGGGUUGAUCCCCCGACGUGUACCGCCAAAGAGAGUUUGACUAGCCCGCGGGCAAAAACUUACCAGACUUAGAGAGAAGGGCGGGAUGGACGGGCCGCUCAGUCCCCGGGAGUCUGCAAAAUUCAUCGCGGAAAACAGUCGAGGGGUGUUCAUUGACGGCAGAGGCGUGCGGCGGGUAGCCGAGCUACUGCUCCCGCGGGUCUCGGGCCCGGAGCUGCGCGUGGAGGGCUGGAAGGCCCUGCACGAACUGAACCCCAGAGCGGCCGACGAGGCCGCGGUCAACUGGGUAUUCGUGAUAGACACGCUCAAUUUCUCCUUCUGGUCGGAGCAUGCCGACCGCAAAUGUCUGGUGGGGUACCGGGGGAAAAUGUACAGCGGCUACUGGUCUCUCUGCGCCGCGGUCAACCGAGCCCUGGACGAAGGGAUACCAAUAACUAGUGCUUCAUACUAUGCCACAGUGACUCUGGAUCAGGUUCGUCAUAUAUUCCGUUCUGACACAGACGUUGCCAUGCCUUUGAUAGAUGAGAGGCAUAGGAUUCUCAAUGAAACUGGGAAAAUUCUGCUUGAGAAGUUUGAAGGCUCUUUUCUUAAUUGUGUCCGUAAAAGUGAAAAAAGCGCACAGAAGCUAAUGCACCUAGUAGUUGAAAAUUUUCCUUCUUACAGAGAUGUGACUGAGUUUGAGGGGAAAAGAAUUUCCUUUUACAAACGAGCCCAAAUCCUGGUGGCGGAUACAUGGAGUGUUUUAGAGGGAAAAGGAGAUGGCUGCUUUAAGGACAUUUCCAGUAUCACCAUGUUUGCUGACUAUAGAUUACCUCAGAUUCUUGCUCACCUGGGAGCACUGAAAUACUCUGAGGAGCUAUUGGAGAAACUUCACAAAGGGGAAAUGUUCUCCUAUGGAAGCAAGCAAGAGGUGGAAAUCAGAGGGUGCUCACUUUGGUGUGUUGAGCUAAUCCGGGAUUGUCUUCUUGAGCUUAUUGAGAAAAAAGGUGACAAAACUGGUGGAGAGAUCAAUUCCAUUCUUCUUGAUUAUUACUUAUGGGACUAUGCACGUGACCAUAGGGAAGAUAUGAAAGAAAUUCCAUUUCAUCGUACACGUUGCAUAUAUUAUUGACUCAAAGUGUAAACAGAUCCAAAGAAAACCCUUUGCAUUUUUUAAAUACAGUAAUUAAGUUUUGUAUUUGAUUUCUCCCCUCAGGUAUAGUUCCCCUGGUGAUCACACACCCUACCACCUGUGACCUGUUAUCACAAUCCAUUGUACUCUUGCGUGGCCUGAUUUGGCUCCCCACCCCAUGCUCUUUGCCUCAGAUUUGUGGUCAGCUUUAAAGUUUGGUCUUUUUUCCUGUCCCUUUGUUUGGUUGUUCUAGAUUCCACAUACAAGUGGAACCAUUUGGUAUUUCUCUUUCUCCUUCUGGCUCACUUUGCUUAGAAUAAUUCCUUGCAGCUCCGUCCAUGUCCUGCAGUCAGCAUGAGUUUAUCUUUUGAUUGCUCACCAGUGUUCCAUUGUGUAUAUCCACCACAGCUUCUUGAUCCAGAGCCUUUGUGUUGUUCCCAUAUGUUAGCUAUUGUAAACCAUGCUGCUGUAAAAGUAGGAAUGCAGGUUUCCUUUCAAAUUACUGGAUUUUUGGUGUCUUUUGGGUAUAUUCCUAGGAGUGGAAUCACUGGAUCUUAUGGUAGAUGCACUGGGGGUGUUUUGAGGAAUCUACACCACUUUUCCGUAGUGGCUGGGCCAGUUUGCAUUCCACCAGCGGUGUAAGAACCCCUCUGCAUCUUUAUAUCACAUAAUUAUUUGGACUAUUUUGCUUUGCUGUUAAGAGGUUACAGGGACAAGACAUUUUUUUGGUGGAGAACAACAAGAAAAUUGAUUACUCAAGACUCAUUUAAAAAAAAUUUCCCAAUGUAUCAUUUUGUAUCUCGAACUUUAUUCUUUGGCAGCUUGUUUAGUUUUGACUGUUUUCCUCUUUUGUGGACAGAGUUUAGAGAAACAGUGAAGAGACUUGAGUGAUUUCUUUAAGUCUCAGAUUACUUAAGAUCAAUCAUGGCUUAUGUGACUAACCUUAAGUGCCAGUAUUUUAUCUAUUCAGUUGGCAUCUUAUUUCAAGUUGUAGGAAUUUUCUUUAUACCUUAAUCAUUUGAUAUAAAAAGGGGGGGUGUUAAGUCUUUACUGUAUGAAUGCUGAUACUUCUGUAAAAAUCACGACAACUUUUUAAAAAUUGUUUUUACUAGCAAUGACAGUUUCGUACAUGAUGAUUUUUCAUUUAGGGUAUCUGUUUAAUGUUUAUUUUUCUACAAUGAAAUUGAAUAAAUAUUUUAAGAACCUUUC